UGUGUUCGUUUCACCUCCUAAUCAGUUUUCCUGGGGGAUCUAUCAUCGACUGCAGCAGAGGAGGCAAGUAGAAAAGCGGAAAAAGAAGAUUGGAGAUUUCUGCCCCAGCUUUAAUCUUCUCUCAUCACAAAUUUGAGCCUCAUACAAAAAUGGACGCCGCUCUCUCCACGCCCUGCAACAUCCAGAUAUGUGAGGUGACCUGUGACUCCUUCCGCAUCAUGUGGGACAUGACCUCCGAGGACAGUGCCAGAGCUACACACUACUUCAUUGACCUGAGCCGCAAAGAGAGCAGGGACCCCAACCGCUUCAAACACAGGGAUGUGCCAACCAAGCUGGUGGCCAAGGCUGUGCCUCUUCCCAUGGCCGUGAGGGGACACUGGUUCCUCAGCCCGCGGACAGAAUACUGUGUAGCUGUCCAAACUGCUGUCCGACAGCCAGACGGUGACUACCUGGUGUCAGAGUGGAGCCAGGUGGUGGAGUUCUGCACCGGGGACUAUGCUAUGGAACACCUCCAGCAGCUUCUUGACAAGGCAAAGGGCUCUGCAGGGAGGCUGCUGAAGUUCUCUGUGUUUUAUCGCAAUCAGCACCCAGACUACUUCGACUAUGUCAGAAGGGAAUGUGGAGGCCUGAUGCGUCCAGCCCUUAAAGACAUCAGCGGGAGUCAUGGUUCUCCCAUCAACGGCAAACUGCAGGGAGUCUUCUUCAGCUGCAACACAGAGUUUGAUACAGGCCUUCCUCCCAAAGACUCCCCUUAUGGCCCCCUGCGUUUCCAGAUCCCAGCUGGACACCUGCUGAACCCCAACAUCUCACUGUACUUUGCAGACUUCUACUGUAUGUACACAGCCUAUCACUACGUGGUGCUGGUGCUGGCCCCUGUUGGUUCAGAGGGCGAUACCUUCUGUCGCACCCGGCUGCCUAUGCUGGACUUGGCCUCCAACCCUUUCCUGACGUACACUGACCCCCAGAGGCCGGGGGAGGAGCCUCUGUACUGCCAUGCCAGCGACGUCAUCCUCGAGGUGCUUUUCACAGAGCCGGUUCCUUUGGAUCAAGGCAGCGUGGAGCAGAUCAGCGGGCACCACCAGCUUAUGAGUCUGACCACGGCCAAUGCUAAGAAAGACCCGAGCUGCAAAGUGUGCAACAUCAGUGUGGGACGCUGAGGGAGAUGAAGGACAGACCUGGCAGUGUGCGAGCCUGCAAUGCUGAAAGAAACGGUGUUGCACAAUGCAAAACAGUUGAGACCAUCAUGUGUAGGUCAGUACUCAGUACUGGAAACAGCCCACCUCUCAGGGUGUGUGCAUGCUGCUGCCCCUCCUCCCUCCUGCCUGGACUAGAAUAGUGAGUAUUAAAUAGAAGAUUUUUACGACGUGUACCGCAGAACUUCAUCACGAUCACAGCUGGAGAUACAGUCCAUCCAUGACUGUUGAACAAAAGAUGAUAGGCUUUAAAAGGCUCAACAAUAUCUGUGCUCCUUUGUUGAGAGUCAUAUUUGCUCUAUUGUGUCUUUGUGGCAUUUAUGAAUACCCUUUUCUUCUUCGGUUUUUCUUUAAGAUGUGUUUAUUUCCUUUUUUUGUUAUGCUGUAUUAGUUUGGUGUAAUUUCCCUCCAUAAAUGUGUGUUUUAUACAACCUGAAAAAAGAAAUGCUUAUAGUGUACCCCUUUUACAGCAUUGCAGGUCACAAACAAUGUGUUUUACCUCUUGCAAAGCUUUCUCUAUGAAGUUACUGCCAGAUGUUCUUUGUCUUUUAAGAAAAAGACUUAUUUGAUAAAUGUCUCAUACUCCUACAUUGUAGCUUUAACUCCAGUUUUCAGCAUCUCUGCUAAAUACUUCUUAAAAAGCUCAAUGCAGAGUUCUGAUUUGGAAAAUCAAAAUGCUGCACAGCAUACUUACUGCAGAAAAAUAUGGUGCAAUGUGACAAUGAAAGCCAUACAAAGUUUUGGGGUUUUAUGAGGAAGGUAAUGGAAGAUGGUAUCACAAGGUUCCCUGCAAUCAGUCUCUGACAGCAAGCCUCGGCUCUAUAAACAGGGCUGAGCUAAGAUUAGCUUCUCUAUUGCUAUGGGGUUUCUGUUCGUCCCUGCCCAGUAAUCUCUGACCUAUAUGGGAAUCCCAGAAAUGCCCAAAGUGAAAGGGAACCCGUCCCCUGUGCACAACAGUAAUGCACGCGCUGGUGAAUAGCCAGAAUGUAGGACAUGACAAGCGUGUCAAGCGUGCGCUAAAUAAAAAAAAGGCUCACCCCUUUGACACUGAAUGUGAAAGAAAAAUGGAGGAAAAUUGAAUGCAAUCACUUGUUUAAAAGACUUUUUUUUAUAUACAAAAGCACUUAAGAUGUCUAAACAUUUCUAAAAAUAAAGUCAAAUGUCAUAAAAAAUCGUCUUUACCCUGGAGCAAUGUUUCAUGUCUCACAAUAUCAGUAAGUGGAAGAGAAAGUCAUGCCCUUUCACCCAGAUUCUUCCCGCGACAGAGAUGUGAGUUCACACUCACAGCAAUGCUGUAGUUCCGUCCGUUGUUAUUGUCCCAAAAAGGCUCAUUGUACCCACCUGGUAAAUAACUUAAACAAAACUCUAUCUUCCGUUUGGCAUCUAGCACUUUAGGAAUGGCAAUGUCAAAUUCAAAGAUGUCUGUCUGCGGCCCUCCGAAUCGUUUCUGCACAUACGUACAGGUGACAUCUUUGUAACUCUGCCAUGAGUCAAAGGUGAUGCGUAUACGCACUUCCUUCUGGAAACUGAUGUUUCUAACUCGGACGGUACCUUGGAGGGCCUGUUCAGUAACGCUGCAGUUCUCCAGGAUAACCAUGCUCUCUGCCAGCUUGGCACGAAAGGCCCGGAAAUCUGCAGACGGCUGUGGGAAGCCCAGUUUGAGCUGUGUUCCUGGGCAGCAGG